AUGACUCGAAAUUAUGUGGUUUUAACCGGAUCAACGUACGAUCUGGGGUCAGCCAUUUCGACCUGUGCGUUAAAAGGAGCGUCGCUCGCCUCCAUUCACUCCCACGCCGACAAUGAAUUCGUUUGGAGACUGACGUACGGACCCAAGGGAAAAGCCUUGUACAAUGGCUGGAAUUACCCGACAAUCAUGCUGGGCGGAGUGCAGUAUGCCGGAGCCAAAGGACUGACCUACGGUUUGAUGGGUGAGCUAAAUGCGUACAACUGGUAUCGUCCUUCAGUUUUGCUGGGCGGGAUACAAGACAACCUCACGAGAGUUUCGGCAAUUCGAUUUCAUAGCUUUCAAUUGCUGGCAUUUACUGGCUCGAUGGCGGCGCCGUCAACUAUACCCCGCCAUGCAG